AUGAUCAUGCGGGAGGAGCCACUAGAGUGUGUGGAGUUCGCAGCACCGUUUAAUCCUCGGGGCGACGGCUACCAAGUCCCUUCCGGAAGCAGUCAUGGGAGCGCUGCAGGCAUAGCAUCAUAUGACUGGCUGGACUUUUCGCUUGGUUCGGACACAAACGGAAGUGGACGGAAGCCAGCGUCAUACAAUGGAUGCUUCUCGAUCCGACCCUCCACAGGCAUUCUAAGUACCAACGGAGUCAUCGGACAGUUCAAGUAA